AUGGCGGAAAGUGGAGGUGCUGAGGCGCUGGAGAAUGUCCCGGUUUAUGAAUACAUAGAUGUAAACUCUAAACCUUUUCAUAUUGGUUCCUUUAGAAAGCUGUGGUUAGAUGCUCUGAAACCCGAUUAUUACUCAUACACUGAAACUCCGCAGGAGAUACAAGACAUCGAAUUUAUUGAGGAGAUGAGAAUAGACGAGGAGACGCUAGACGAGCUUAAAACUAUUUGCAGUGUCGAACGGUUAAGAUGCCAUUCUGAGAAUAACCCUCCUGACACAGACGAAAUUCCCGCAGAGCCCAAACUUGCGACCUUAAAACUUCGGAAGAGACGACAGGAUUACAAAAAGACUCUUUUGAGGGACCACGUAGGAAGACACGACGCUUACGCCAAUGAAAUGGAGGUUCUCGCCGUAGGAAGAAAGCCCAAGGAUCCUCAGGAUUUGGUCCCUGAGGGAGAGCUCAUUCUGACUUUCAACGUUCUGUACCCAGUCAUAUUCGAGAGGUUUAAAUAUGUGAGACCUCAUCAGACGCAUCAUGUCUUGGGCAGUCAGAAGCUGACAGAUCUGAGAGACGCCAUCUGUUGCGUCAAUGAUCUGCAGGUUUUUGGAGAAUUCAGCGAAACACCUAACAUGGUUCCUCAGUUCAUUAGCAAGGAUCACUACAAAUCUGCUUUCUUCUUCUUUGAGGGAACCUUUUUCAACGACAUGCGAUUCCCAGAGUGUCGGGACAUCAGCGAGACGACGAGAGAGUGGGCGAAAACCUAUGAUUUCCCAGAGUUCCACACAGCCAGGAUGGAGGAUACGGUUUUCUACGACCUGAAGGUGAAGGUGGGCUAUCCGUACCUCUACUGUCACCAAGGCGACUGCGAACACAUCGUCAUCCUCACGGAUGUCAGACUGGCCCAUCGGGAUGAUUGCCUGGACAGCAAACAUUAUCCUCUCCUUACCCACAAGCACAGGGUCGUGACCCGCAAGUGCUCCGUGUGUCAUCUCUACAUCAGCAGAUGGGUAACGACCAAUGACGCGCUAGCCCCGAUGAACCCUUGUCUGUUCUGUGACCAGUGCUUCCGCAUGUUCCACUAUGACAAAGAUGGGAAUAAACUGGGCGACUUCAAAGCGUACUCCUACGUAGACCCGGGAGCGUUUAACUGAAACCUCGUACCCGGGUCAAGGGGAUCUCAUUGACUGCUGUGCAGUAUUGGGGAAUGUCACAGUUGUGUGUCACACCUGGUGUCAUAAAAUGAGUUUU